ACGUGUUUUCUUUGCAAGGCGAUAAAGUUCCUCGGCUGCUCUUGUGCGGCCACACUGUCUGCCAUGACUGCCUGACCCGCCUUCCUCUUCAUGGCAGAGCUGUUCGUUGCCCUUUUGAUCGACAAGUGACCGAACUGGGAGAUUCCGGUGUCUGGGGCUUGAAAAAAAACUUUGCUUUGUUGGAACUCUUGGAGCGACUGCAAAAUGGCUCAGCUGGCCAAUGUGGGACAACAGAAGAAGCUAUUGGCCUGUCUGGCGAGGUAUUGAUUCAGAAAUGUGCAUCAUUCGCUGUGAUGAGGAUGAAGUUCACAUUGCAUCUGUUUAUUGCACUGUCUGUGCUACACACCUGUGUGCAGAAUGUUCCCAGCUUACCCAUUCUACAAAGACACUAGCAAAGCAUAGGCGUGUGCCUCUUGCUGAUAAACCUCAUGAGAAGACCAUGUGCUCCCAACAUCAAGUGCAUGCUAUUGAAUUUGUCUGUUUAGAAGAAGGUUGUCAGGCCAGUCCCCUUAUGUGUUGUGUCUGCAAAGAAUAUGGAAAGCAUCAAGGUCAUAAGCAUUCUGUUUUGGAACCAGAAGCAAAUCAGAUCCGUGCAUCCAUUUUAGACAUGGCACACUGUAUAAGAACCUUCACAGAAGAAAUCUCAGAUUAUUCCAGAAAACUAAUUGGAAUAGUUCAACAAAUAGAAGGAGGAGAACAAAUAGUUGAAGAUGGAGUUGGAAUGGCCCAUACAGAACACGUCCCAGGCACUGCAGAGAAUGCUCGCUCAUGUGUCCGGGCCUAUUUUUCUGACCUCCAUGAAACCCUCUGUCGUCAGGAGGAAAUGGCUCUCAGUGUUGUUGAUGCACAUGUGCGAGAAAAAUUGAUUUGGCUUAGACAACAGCAAGAAGAUAUGACUAUCCUGUUGUCACAGGUUUCAACUGCUUGUCUUCACUGCGAAAAGACUUUACAGCAGGAUGACUGCAGAGUAGUGUUGGCCAAACAGGAAAUUACAAGGCUACUAGAAACAUUACAAAAACAGCAGCAGCAGUUUACAGAACUCGCAGAUCACAUACAGCUGGAUGCUAGCAUUCCUGUCACUUUUACAAAGGACAACAGGGUACAUAUUGGACCAAAAAUGGAGAUUCGGGUUGUGACUCUAGGGUUAGAUGGAGCUGGCAAAACGACUAUUUUAUUUAAAUUAAAGCAGGAUGAGUUCAUGCAACCUAUUCCAACCAUAGGUUUCAAUGUUGAAACGGUAGAAUAUAAAAAUCUGAAGUUUACCAUUUGGGAUGUUGGAGGGAAACACAAGUUGAGGCCUCUGUGGAAGCAUUAUUACCUGAAUACACAAGCCGUAGUGUUUGUUGUGGAUAGCAGUCACAGAGACAGGGUCAGUGAAGCUCACAGUGAACUUGCAAAACUACUAACAGAGAAGGAAUUGCGUGAUGCCUUGCUGCUGAUCUUUGCCAAUAAGCAGGAUGUUGCAGGUGCUCUCUCGGUAGAAGAAAUUACAGAAUUGCUGAGUCUGCACAAACUCUGCUGUGGCCGUAGCUGGUAUAUACAGGGCUGUGAUGCCCGAAGUGGCAUGGGUCUGUAUGAAGGACUGGACUGGCUCUCAAGGCAACUAGUAGCUGCUGGAGUGCUGGAUGUGGCUUAAUUUCACAACAGAUGCAAUUAAGUUUUAACAUAGCUAACUUAUUUGCAUGAUUUUGGAUGUUGUAACAAGGUCUGCAUUGUAAAGAUGAUGGCAACUCUUGUAUAGAACUGUGGUUACAGAAAAAAACAUGAUUCACUUCCAGUCAGAGAUUGGGGAAUUGGUACAGUGAUUUGUGCAAUUGCUGUAGUUUUUUAAAAACAUGGUAGUGUAAUGAACCAAUGUGUUGGGCUGGAUGCAGGGUUGCCAUGGAAUUAUAUUUGAAAUCUAUGAAAGUAGGUUAUUACUUCCCAUUUGAAACUUUUUCUGCUAAAACGUGCUAAAAUUGGUCUGAGACUUACAAUAAAGUCACAAUAGUUACUUUAAUAAUAUAAUAAACAUUUUACUUAUCCCAAAAGCCUCUUAGAAACCUUGAGCUGCACAGAAUAACAAACAAAACUCUAGCUGCUCGUGAGUAACCAGUGGUGCCACUUCUAAUACAUUUUUAAAAGGCAUUAGCUUAGACUUGUAUAAAACUCCAUGGUAAGAAACUACAGAAGGAAAGGUUUCCCCAUUGUAAGCUAUUAAAAGGAGGGGGCUGUAGAACUAGAAGACAGUGAGAACUCGUUUCCUGCCUUGGAUCUUGCAGUUUUGGUGGGCGAUAGCGUUGUUUGACUACCAUUAGUAAUAAAAGGUAGAAGAAAGCAAAAGUAUGCAUAUUGAAAAGUCACGUUUUGUUCAUAAAUAAAUAAUUUUAGCUCAUAUUGAUAUAGAUGGGAGUUGUGUGUGCAUGCUCAAGAUCUUAUUUGUUUUUAGAGAUUAAACUUCAUCCUCAAGCUGAAUGAAGAUAAAAACUUCCUAAAGAAGCUGUGUAUUGAACUGUCAUUUCAGCUAUGUAUUUUACAUGUCAUGCUUCCAGAAAAAGGCAUUAGACUUAAAAUAUUGAAUAACCUGCUGUAAAAGCAGGGCACGCUAAUUAUAACUCUUACUUGGAACAGCAGAUUGUAAAAUCUGAUGUAAACUUUCUGUAUUUAGAUUCUAGGCAUUCUUUACAUACUGCAUCUUCUGCGUGUAACUGUCACUAAUGCCUCUAUUUUCAAGGAUUAUUCAUUCAUAAACCAGUAGAACCUUGGAGGCGUAUCUUGGUUUAAAUUUAGAGGGGGCUGGAAUAGCUUACUGAUGUCUCAUCUUCUGCUGCGCACACAGUUCUGAUCACUGUUAAUCUGUGUGCUAUGCACACCUAGUAUAGACUCCUCUGUCCUCUCGUUAACUGUAUGACCCUCUGAAUCGAAGAGGUCAUCUACUAGCAUGGAGUAGAAAUAGCAUGGAGAGGGUUUAGACAUGGCCAGUGGAUUGAAACUGCAUAUUCCUAAGCCGGCAGCAUCUGUUGGUGUUGGGAGGAAAUUCUACUGCAGAAAUAGCAGCUUUGCCUUACAAACGAGCCCAGUUUCCUUCCUGUUUGCUUUGGUGGAAGCCCUAAACUUCUCCCUAAACACCCCUCCCCCCCAAAUGGUAAUCAUUUGCGGCUGUGGCCGUGUUAUUGCAUUCAUAUAUAUUUUGUAGUAAUAUCCCACUACGUACUUCAGUAAAGCAAAGAAUGUAUAAAAUAAUUUAGUGCAUUUGCACUUUUUCUUUCAAGAGGAAGCAGUUCUGGUAACUACUCCCUCCUAAUCACACUUGUUUAUAGUCACCUUUCUUCCUUAAAUUUCAUAUUAUUGAUGUUAAACAUAGCUUCAGUUUUAGCAAGAAUUUAACUUACAACUAAAGGGAUAAGCUUCACUAUUCUAAAACCAUGGAUGCCAAAUUAAAGCUUGUAGUAUUUUAGAAAUGGCUUAAAUUUCAUACACAUUGGAAAGCUGAGAGGGAGGCUAAACUUUUCUCUCAGAACCUGAGAAUAAAUAUUGUGCUUAGUUUACAGUAGCUGAAGGGUUUUUGCUGCUGUAAGCAAACUGAACAUUGUUCACACUUUCCAGCCUGCAAUUUCUUUGCACAGUAGUUAGUUGGCUGCCCCAGCUGACUAUGUGCAUGGCCUGCUUUACAGAUCCAGCUCAUAUCUGGUUGACUGACUGCCCUGUCAUAAUUCAAAUGCACCUAGCAGAAGUUGUUUAGAACAGAUGCUUGCUGGAAGACUCUUAAUGAUGAAAACGUAUUAUUUUUUAAACUUUAUUUUACUUAUUAGUACAUCCUUAUUCUUCAGUGGCUUCAGUUGUACAUGCUCUCAAACUCUGCUGUUACCGUUCUAGCUUUCUCUUGUUACUGUUUUAAAGCACUCAACAAACCCAGUCUGUUUGGUAAGAGCUUGUAGAGAAUUACAUAUUUGGGGAAGAAUGUGUUAGUCUCAUUUUGAGUACAAAAGGAUUUUGUGAUAAGUGUGGGAUGCUUGCGUAAAAGUGUUUUUCCAUGGAAAUUAUUUAAUGUGACUGAUUCAAGUAACUGUGAAAAAUAGGUGUUGCAUUUGUCUGUGAACUCAAGUGUUUUCUUGUAUCAUAAAUUAAUGCUAUAUGUAAACUAUUUCAGUUGUAAAUUAAUCUUGUUUCAACAUUUUGUUGGACUCAAUUCAAUUUUUAGGAUACUCAUUUGAUUGAUUAAUGAUUGGAUCUGAGGGGAAAAAUCCUCUGAUCUCUUAGAGGAUUAUCUGGAUGAGUCUGAAAUCUUUAAAUGGUUAAAUGUAAGAUUUAGUCUUCUAGUGUGAAAUUUUUGGCUUCAUUUUGAAGCUGAAUAACCAUAACUUUCAGCAACUGCAGAAAAGUUUUUAAAAUUAAACUUGGUUCAUAAUAGUAAAACAAAGUAUUUGAGCAGCAGUACUUCACUACUUUUUGUUGUCUAAUUUUCAUUGCCUUAAUUUUACAAAACAACUCUAAUUCCACUUGUGGACUGAAUGAUAAAUGAAGGUUCCUUCUCUAGGAGGAGCUUCACUAGUUCUUAUUCUGGGCUACUGGAAACAGGGCUGGAUAUUACAGAGCAGUUCAGAAAGGGACAGCUUUUGGUUAAUGAAAAACGAUUAUACCGAUUUCAGUUUCUAAACUGCCUUAAAUUGACCCCUCCCCCCCCCCCCCCCCACAAAAAAAAAAAAAAAAGUAUUUUAACCCUCUAAUUUAGGGUACUAAUUUUCUGUGGUUGAUUUCUUCCUGUCUUUAAUAUACUCAGUUUUUGAUCUCUGAUGAACAAGGGGCAAGUUUCCAUAUUGAACCUAUAGGUAGAAUUUAGUACUUGUUCAGACUUUACUUCCCUUGUACUACUUUUAUAAUGCUGGAAAUGUUGAGUAACUGGUACAAAGAAACAAAAAUAGAAUGCAGGUUCAUUUUAAAUGUAAGAUGCCACAACUGUUUGGCAAGACCUGAGGAAAUUAAAUACUUUCCAAGUUUAAAGGCAGUUCUGCUCAAUAGAAGAUACAAAAAGGCAUCUUCACUCAUGUCUGACUUCAGUGACAAAUGUAUUAUAUCAAUCCAGUUUUUUUCAUUUAAUUUUUCAGUGUAUACUGAGACUUGCAUCAGCCAGUGAUCCCAGAAAGUGGUUUAAGCCAUUUCUUUGUGGGCAGUACUAUAACUCUGUGGAGAGAGAGAGAGAGGAAAUUGGCACAGAAGGGACCUGCUAGUAUCAGAAUAUGGACAUAAAUGCCACCUACAGAUGUCUUGCUUAGUGGAGACUAUAUAUUGCACCUGCUCACUACCACUUUUAAAUCCAGUUAAUUAAAACAUUCUGGGGAUCUGAACUUUUUACGUCAGGUAACACUUUAAUGUUCUGGUUUACUGGCUACCACCUAAGGAGGACAUUGGUACAGUAAGAACAUUUUCAGGAAAAAACUUGGGGAUGAUUGUAAACUUGUGAAAAUGGUUCUUGGAAUCUUCUAACCGUCUGUCUCUCUAGGAAAGUUAGAAGAAAUGAAACCUCUUGGAUAGUGAAGAGAGUAGGAGCAAGAUCUCUAUUUAUCCCCCGGACAGUUGGACUCUGGGGAGUUCUAAUUCAUGCCCUUGCUGCCAGUACAUCUCAGCACAUCGGUGAGAUACUGUGGUCCUCACUUCCUUGGAAUAAUUUGAAAUUGUGCAAAUAUUAAAGUUUUUAAGUUGCUGUAACUGCUCUAUGAUGCCAGAGUAGAUAAGUGAACCUUCACCUGUUUGUGUGAAGCACCCUAUCUUCCCACUCAAUUCUCUCAUUUUGUAAGAGAUUGAGGUCUUAAUUUCAUAGACAUCAGGGCUGGAAGGGACCUCGGAAGAUCGAGUCCAGCCCCCUGCCCAAAGGGCAGGAAGUCAGCUGGGAUCAUAGGAUCCAGCAAG